AUGGAGAACGGUUACUCUUGGUGGAUAGCAGUAAUUUUCACAUUUGGUGAAACCGCCGGGUCCGGAUUGGUGGCUCUUCCAAAUGCAAUGUUAUCAUUAGGACUAGUCGGUGGAGUUAUAACCCUUAUAAUUAUGUGCCUGAUUCCAUUCUACACUGCUACACUUCUAGGAAACAAUUGGAUAAUUAUGAAGACACGAUGGAGCGAAUACACAGAGCACUGCAGGAAUCCGUAUCCAGAAAUGGCUCAGAAAGCUAUGGGUGAUUGGAUGGGCCACAUCACCAGCUUCUGCACCUACCUUACCAUCUUUGGUGGCACUGCUGUCUUCUCCCUUUUAGCUGCAAAAACGUUAUCUGAAAUUCUCAAUGGAUUUGGAAUUCCAGCGACAAUGUGCACCACUUUAAUGGCUGUUGGAAUCAUUCUAUGGCCAUUUGUCAUGUUGAAAAGUCCCAUGCAUUUUUGGCAAGUCUCCAUUGUGGCUACUGUAUCUACAGUAACUGCAGUCGCUUUGAUCAUGUUUGGAUACUUUUUGGAUGUUAAGGGAUGUCAGCAGCACUCAACGUACCCGGAAUUCUCCCCGGCAGCCGCUUCCAACAGUCUGGCUACCAUAAUCUUUGCUUAUGGAGGACAUCCAUGUAUUCCGACAAUUGUACAUGACAUGAAAACUCCACAACACUUUUUCAGAACUUUUUUGUUGAGCUACAUUGGACUCUUUCUCCUUUACACUCCGGUUUCUCUUCUUGGAUUCUGGAUUUAUGGAGAUAGUGUAUCCGACUCAAUCAUCAGUUCCAUUCAGAAUGAGACUCUGCGACGUGGAAUUUCCAUUCUGAUUGCGAUUCAUGUGUUCUUCUCAGUCCUUAUCAUUGCUAAUCCCCUUCUACAGUCUUCGGAGCAAGUUUUUGGAAUUAAACAAGAAUUCGGAAUUGGUCGAUUUGUGAUUCGUACCAUUGCUUUCUGGAUUAUCAUCUUUAGUGCGGCAACUGUUCCAAACUUUGGUGUAGUCGUCAAUUUGGUUGGAGGGUCUACACUUCCACUUUUGGUUCUUAUAUUUCCGCCAUUGUUUGCAAUGUUUUUGGAAGUGAAACAAAAAUUGGAGGAUGAUGGAUCAAAGGAGGAGUUUGGGUGGACAGCAAUCUGGAAAUACCACCCCAAGCCUCGUCUCGCCCUGGAUAUCUUCAUUUAUGCGCUCGGCUUCUAUGUGAUGUUCCAUUCCACAUAUCACUCAAUCUACUCAAUUUUCUUCUCUGAAAAUCCACCAACUCGCUCAUGCUUCACCACGUGGUUCACGUCUUCUGAAUUCGGUCAAAAUAUGACGUCUACUUCUUCAAAUUCUCAUUCUACACAUUUCCAAUGUUGUGGAGCUUAUCGAAAUAUCUCAUUGAACGGUCAAUCUUGCUUUUAA